AUGAUUGACAGUGGUCGGCGGUGGUCGACGGAGGUCGGCGGUGAUCGCAGACGAUCAACAAAGGCCGGCGGUGCUUCGAUGACGAUCGGCGGUGGUCGACGAAGGUCUACGCCAUGGCGAUUCAAAACCCCACUUCACUGUCGUUCCUUCCAUCCAAACCCUCAUUGCCCGCCUCUCACCCACGCGCCUCUAUCUCAGGGCCCUUCCUCCGGCUGGGAUGAUAAGGUAGUCGGUCGGAGCCCUGGGGUGAGGACCAACGCCCAGGAGGAUGAUAAGGGCGUUGGAAGAACGAAAAAGAAACGAUGGUGGUGGUGGGCUCGGGACAGGGAGAGCUAUCUGGUCGAUGAUUCGGACGCUCUCCCGCUUCCCAUGACCUAUCCUGGUUCCUCGCCUGCUAGUCCGGAAGAGAUCGACCGGCGGGUCCAAUGUGAUCCGGAUGUCCAGGAGUGCAAGGAAGUUGUUUACGAGUGGACAGGGAAGUGCAGGAGUUGCCAGGGAACGGGGUUUGUUAGCUAUUACAGCAAAAAGGGGCGUGAGACAAUCUGCAAGUGUAUUCCUUGCCUUGGGUUAGUGAAGCAGUUCAGGGAGUGGCUAAAAAGCAUCGAUCGUGACGGGGAUGGCAAGAUCAGCCGGCAGGAGCUGCGCGACGCCCUUCGUGUGCUUGGCAAGAGCUGCUCGCGAUGGAAGGCUUGGAGAGCCCUUGUGCAUGCGGACCUAAACCAUAAUAAGCACAUAGACGGCGAUGAUGAGGUGGAGGAACUCAUAAAGUACGCGGUGAAGCGUUGGGGUAUAGUUGUUGUCUAAGUUAAGGCAUGUAGUUUUGUUCACUUUUAUGUUUAGAAGUGGUAUGUAGGUUUGAGUCAUCUGCUUUCAUGUAGUAGCGCAAUGUAGAAUAUAUCUUGACGUGCGUUUAGUUUUGCUUUCAUGCAUACGUACGUAUAACUUGAGUACUUAUGGCAUGAUGCUGUACAUAUUUAGUAUUAUAGUUUGCGAGGUUUGUGGCAAAAAAGAGCUUUCAGAUCUCUUACUCCAUGUUACAUUUGC